AUGAUGAUUAUCGUUCUUUUCUUCUUGACAACACCACUUGUCUCUUCUUUAUCAUUCAACAUUACAAGCUUCGACCCAAGCAACCAUGACAUAAAGUACGAAGGAGAUGCGUCUCCUUUGGAUUCUGUCAUACAGCUUACUCCAAACCAGCUUUUUCAAACAGGUCAUGCAAUAUAUGUGGAACCAAUGCAUCUCUGGGACAAUGCCUCAGGAAGCCUUGCAGACUUCGCCACCAGUUUCUCCUUCUCCAUUGAUGCACAGAACAAUGCUUCACACGCUGAUGGGCUUGCAUUCUUCAUUGUUCCUCCACAAUACAGAAUGCCUGAUGAAAAGCAAGGUAGUGGUAUUGGUCUUGCCAGUGGCAACCUGACCUUGAACUCAACAGCAAAUCCAUUUGUUGCUGUGGAGUUUGAUACGUACUACAAUCCAUGGGAUGAUAUGGAUGACGAUCAUGUAGGUAUUGACAUCAACUCUUUGAAAUCUUUAAAAAGUGUGAAAUGGUACAGUAGCGUUAUGGAUGGGAUGGUAAUGGACGCUAGAAUUAGUUAUAAUUCUAGUUCCAAGAAUCUCUGUGUUAACUUUACAGGAGUUUCAGAAAAUAUAAUAGUUGAACAGAAUCUUUGCUGUGAAGUUGAUCUAAGGAGAUACUUACCUGAAUGGGUUAUUUUGGGGUUUUCUGCCGCAACUGGGGUGUGUUAUGAGUUUCAUAGAAUUCGUUCAUGGUCUUUCGAUUCAAAUUUUCAAACCCAUCAAAACAUAACCACUCCCUCUCCUCCACCAAUCUUGCCAGCACCCAAUUCUCCCAGAAAAGAUAAAAGCCAGGCAGGACAAAUUGCAGGGGCAGUGAUCGGCUCACUCGUUGCUUGUGUUUUGGGUUUGCUUGGUAUCCGGUAUUACAGGCAGAAGAAGAGGAGCAAAAUGAAAGAAGAAUAUCAUUCAUCCAUCCCUCAUUCCAUGGGGGGAGUAGAAAUAGUUUCCCCCAUUGUUGGGAAUACAGAGGAAGCAGAAGUUGAUUCAUUCAUUGUGCAAUCCCAAGACAAUGAAUUCAGACGGGUGACUGGAGCCAAGAAUAUUCCAUAUGAUGUCUUGGUUUGGGCAACCAAUAACUUUGAUGAGAAAGAGAUGCUUGGGAAGGGAGGAUUUGGUGCUGUAUUCAAGGGAUAUUUGAAAGAUUUGGACAUUUUUGUAGCGGUUAAGAGGGUAUCAGAGAGCUCAAUUCAAGGGAUAAAAGAGUAUGCAGCUGAGGUAAUGAUCCUUAGCCAGCUGAGGCACAAAAAUUUGGUUCAACUAAUUGGUUGGUGCCAUGAGAGAAAGGAAAUCCUACUUGUUUACGAGUUCUUGGAAAAUCGCAGUCUGGAUUUCCAUCUAUUCAACAAGGAAAGCUUGCUGAAAUGGGAGCAGAGGUUCAAAAUUGCUCAAGGCUUGGCCUCUGGGUUGCAUUACCUACACCAUGGAUGGAGACAAAGACAAUGCGUGUUGCAUAGAGACAUCAAGUCAAGCAACGUGAUGUUGGAUUCAGAUUUCAACCCUAUGCUUGGAGAUUUCGGGUUAGCUCAGCUUCAGGACCAUGACGGGCGGUCUCGAACUUUACAGGGUGGUAGCCAUGGAUAUAUUGCUCCUGAAUGUUUGGACACAGGAAAGUCGAACAAAGAAUCAGAUGUCUUCAGCUUUGGCGUUGUGGCCUUGGAGAUUGCUUGUGGAAGAAAACCCUUUGUACAAAGGGAAGACGGGAGCCAGGUACAUAUAGUAAAGUGGGUAUGGGAGUACUAUGGAAGUGGAAAGCUUCUCAAGGCAGCUGAUCAGAAACUCCACGGAGAUUUUACAAGGAAACAGAUGGAAUGUUUGAUGACUGUUGGGCUCUGGUGUGCUUACCCAGACUACUCUUUUCGACCGUCAAUGACCGAAGUAAUUGAUGUCCUUAAUUUUGCUGCUGCACUUCCUGAUCUUCCAUCAAAAUUUCCAGGGCCAGGACAUUGUCUUCAUACACAAGCAGGAUCGUCGACUAUGUCAUCUCCUGGUAAUGUAACUUUUAGAACAGCUCCAACCCAACAUUCGAGCUUCGAUUCCCCAACUAAUACCUCAAAGUUCACAUCUCCUACAUCCCCUCUCAUUCUGCAUGGAGAUUGA